CCACGGGGCCCGAAAGCGGGAAAGAACACACCCAAGCCGCUGCUUAAGCCUUAAGCGCCAUGGCGUCUGAAAAGGCACGACGUCGGAGGUCCUUGGGAGAUACCUUAGUCGUAGGCCUGACCGGCAGCAUCGGCAUGGGGAAGAGCACCGUGAGCAAGUGGCUACAGGAGAUGCAGAUCCCGCUGGAUGAUGCGGACGCCACGGUGCACCGGUUAUACGCGCCGGGAGGAGAGGCCGUCCUGCCACUGAAGGAGGCUUUUGGAAGCCAAGUCUUGAAUGAGGAGGGUGGCAUUGAUCGUGGGGCGUUGUCGAAGCUCGUGGUGGGCGAGGCGAAUUCUGAACGCCUCAAGCAGUUAGAGGCCAUCGUGCACCCCUUGGUGGAGGCCUCGAGGGAUCGCUUCAUCCAUGACGCCCAGCGGCGCGGGGAGCUCCUGUGCGUGCUGGACAUUCCUUUGCUCUUUGAAAAGCAGCUGGAGAAACACUGCGACUUGGUGGUGGUGGUGAGUGCUCCCGCCGAGCAGCAGCGGCGUCGGGUUCUGGCCCGCCCGGAAAUGACGCCGGAGAAGUUCACCGCGAUCCUGGCAAAGCAGGUGCCAGAUGGAGUGAAGCGGGAGAAAGCUGAUCGAGUGGUGGACAGCGGGCUAAGCUUGGAGGAGACCAAAGGACAGGUCGAGUCGCUGGUCAAAGAGUGUCGCCAGCAGGUGGAGGCCGAGCGGGCUCGUGAAAAGACCUGGCAUCGCUUGGUCUUGGGCUGUGCCAUUUUGAGUGGCGCCGCCCUGGCCUUCGCUGUCGCACGGCGUUCGCGGCAGUGAGGCGAAGGAGGAACAGGCUGACGAGAGACCCCAGUGGGCACCCGUAAUGGCCAAGUUUAUGGAAUCAAUUGAUGUAGUUUGCUAUAGGUUUUUUUUAUUGACAGUAAUUAUGUGUAUUUAGAUUUACUAGUCAAUGAUGGCUGAAUUUGUCCCAAAUACUUCAUGAUUUUGAUGAACACCUGUUAGGACCAAAAGGUCUUGAGUUGGAUGUUUGUUGGGUGUAGCACAAAGAAUCAUGUCCUCCUGUUUGAAACUGAUUGUGUUUAACCAAGUGGAAGUCACAUGAGAGCAUCAAUGUUGCUGCAUUUAACUUAAGAUCCAUCGAGAUUAAUUGCACAUGUUUUGACACAGGAAGUGUGGUAAUGCAUCACACGUGUUUUUGCACCCCAACUGAUAGAAUGCCAGAAAUGGAAAUUCUGUCUCUCACUUUUUGCAGCUGCAGAACAUUCUGGCCAGAUGUCGCCAACGGUCAAUGUGUAAAGCCACCAGCUCGUGGAGAAAGUAGGAGUUUUUCUGUAGGCUUUGUAGGUAUACGUUGCACUUGACGUUUUUGCUGCAAACUUAUUGGUGGGAUUGCCCAAUGAUUUGGAUCAACCCCUAUGUAGCACUAUCGUAACGCUCGAGCACGAAGAGUGCUUGGAGCGCGUUGCAUGUCGGGGUGGUCAGUCGGUCGACCUUUUCCCAGAACAUCGACUCACUGAUCGCUCACAGUGUGAUCUCCUCGAAUGUUCAGUGUGAUCAUUCCUUAGAAACAUAGAACCAUUUGCAAACACCUUUUGGCACUCAUGCGUCCACUCAUUGGCAUUCCAAGUUGCCCUAAUAUGAUUCAUUCCUUUUUUCCCCCCCACACUUGUGUAUACGGCCAUAUUGUUGCAUCAUUCCUCCCUAGAAUUACUUGGUCAAACUCAUCCGUGCCUUGUGCCUUGACCAAAGCGGCAGCCCUGCACCGGCAUGGCCCCGCUAGAAGGAGCCUUCGCCUUCUACUGCCAACUAUGAGGGUCGGAGUGUUCUCAUCCAAGAUGAGACGAAGUGGUUGGGUUCAAAAAGGCCUGCAUGGUGUGCAGAUUUGCAGAUCUACACUGU